UACCUGGUGGAGAAUCCUGGGAGUUAUGUGGCAUAUAGUAAGGCUGCAACAGUUACUGGUAAACUGGUCCAUGCUAAUUUUGGUACUAAAAAAGAUUUUGAGGAUUUAGACACUCCUGUGAAUGGAUCUAUAGUGAUUGUCAGAGCAGGGAAAAUCACCUUUGCAGAAAAGGUUGCAAAUGCUGAAAGCUUAAAUGCAAUUGGUGUCUUGAUAUACAUGGACCAGACUAAAUUUCCCAUUGUUAACUCAGAACUUUCAUUCUUUGGACAUGCUCAUCUGGGGACAGGUGACCCUUACACACCUGGAUUCCCUUCCUUCAAUCACACCCAGUUUCCACCAUCUCGGUCAUCAGGAUUGCCUAAUAUACCCGUCCAGACAAUCUCCAGAGCUGCUGCAGAAAAGCUGUUUGGGAAUAUGGAAGGAGACUGUCCCUCUGACUGGAAAACAGACUCUACAUGUAGGAUGGUAACCUCAGAAAGCAAGAGUGUGAAGCUCACUGUGAGCAAUGUGCUGAAAGAGAUAAAAAUUCUUAACAUCUUUGGAGUUAUUAAAGGCUUUGUAGAACCAGAUCACUAUGUUGUAGUUGGGGCCCAGAGAGAUGCAUGGGGCCCUGGAGCUGCAAAAUCCAGUGUAGGCACAGCUCUCCUAUUGAAACUUGCCCAGAUGUUCUCAGAUAUGGUCUUAAAAGAUGGGUUUCAGCCCAGCAGAAGCAUUAUCUUUGCCAGUUGGAGUGCUGGAGACUUUGGAUCGGUUGGUGCCACUGAAUGGCUAGAGGGAUACCUUUCGUCCUUGCAUUUAAAGGCUUUCACUUAUAUUAAUCUGGAUAAAGCAGUUCUUGAGCCUUGCGUUUUCUUGCAGGACACAGAUUAUCCUUAUUUGGGUACCACCAUGGACACCUAUAAGGAACUGAUUGAGAGGAUUCCUGAGUUGAACAAAGUGGCACGAGCAGCUGCAGAAGUCGCUGGUCAGUUGGUGAUUAAACUAACCCAUGAUGUUGAAUUGAACCUGGACUCUGAGAGGUACAACAGCCAACUACUUUGCUUUGUGAGGGAUCUGAACCAAUACAGAGCAGACAUAAAGGAAAUGGGCCUGAGUUUACAGUGGCUGUAUUCUGCUCGUGGAGACUUUUUCCGUGCUACUUCCAGACUAACAACAGAUUUCGGGAAUGCUGAGAAAACAGACAGAUUUGUCAUGAAGAAACUCAAUGAUCGUGUCAUGAGAGUGGAGUAUCACUUCCUCUCUCCCUACGUAUCUCCAAAAGAGUCUCCUUUCCGUCAUGUCUUCUGGAGCUCCGGCUCUUACACGCUGUCAGCUUUACUGGAGAACUUGAAACUGCGUAAACAAAAUAACGGUGCUUUUAAUGAAACGCUGUUCAGAAACCAGUUGGCUCUAGCUACUUGGACUAUUCAGGGAGCUGCAAAUGCCCUCUCUGGUGACGUUUGGGACAUUGACAAUGAGUUUUAAAUGUGAUACCCAUAGCUUCCAUCAGAACAGCAGGGUAGUCUGGUUUCUAGACUUGUGCUGAUUGUGCUAAAUUUUCAGUAGGGCUACAAAACCUGAUGUUAGAAUUCCAUCCCAUCAUCUUGGUACUACUAGAUGUCUUUAGGCAGCAGCUUUUAAUACAGGGUAGAUAACCUGUACUUCAAGUUAAAGUGAAUAACCACUUAAAAAAUGUCCAUGAUGGAAUAUUCCCCUAUCUCUAGAAUUUUAAGUGCUUUGUAAUGGGAACUGCCUCUUUCCUGUUGUUGUUAACGAAAAUGUCAGAAACCAGUUAUGUGCAUGAUCUCUCUGACUCCUAAGGGCUGGUCUCUGCUGAAGGUUGUAAGUGGUUGCUUACUUCGAGUGAUCCUCCAACUUCAUUUGAUGCUAAAUAGGAGAUACUGGGUUGAAAGACCUUCUCCAAAUGAGAUGUAAGCCUUUCCAUAAGGAAUGUAGCUGGUGUCCUUAUUCCUGAAAGAAACAGUUAACUUUCAGAAGAGAUGGGCUUGUUUUCUUGCCAAUGAGGUCUGAAAUGGAGGUCCUUCUGCUGGAUAAAAUGAGGUUCAACUGUUGAUUGCAGGAAUAAGGCCUUAAUAUGUUAACCUCAAUGUCAUUUAUGAAAAGAGGGGACCAGAAGCCAAAGACUUAGUAUAUUUUCUUUUCCUCUGUCCCUUCCCCAUAAGCCUCCAUUUAGUUCUUUGUUAUUUUUGUUUCUUCCAAAGCACAUUGAAAGAGAACCAGUUUCAGGUGUUUAGUUGCAGACUCAGUUUGUCAGACUUUAAAGAAUAAUAUGCUGCCAAAUUUUGGCCGAAGUGUUAAUCUUAGGGGAGAGCUUUCUGUCCUUUUGGCACUGAGAUAUUUAUUGUUUAUUUAUCAGUGACAGAGUUCACUAUAAAUGGUGUUUUUUUUAUAGAAUAUAAUUAUCGGAAGCAGUGCCUUCCAUAAUUAUGACAGUUAUACUGUCGGUUUUUUUUAAAUAAAAGCAGCAUCUGCUAAUAAAACCCAACAGAUACUGGAAGUUUUGCAUUUAUGGUCAACACUUAAGGGUUUUAGAAAACAGCCGCCAGCCAAAUGUAAUUGAAUAAAGUUGAAGCUAAGAUUUAGAGAUGAAUUAAAUUUAAUUAGGGGUUGCUAAGAAGCGAGCGCUGACCAGAUAAGAAUGCUAGUUUUCCUAAAUGCAAUGAAUUGUGACCAAGUUAUAACUAAAUGUCACUUAAAGGCUGUGGUAGUACUCCUGCAAAAUUUUAUAGCUCAGUUUAUCCAAGGUAUAACUAUAAUUCCCAUUUUGCAAAAUUUCCAGUACCUUUGUCACAAUCCUAACACAUUAUCGGGAGCAGUGUCUUCCAUAAUGUAUAAAGAACAAGGUAGUUUUUACCUACCACAGUGUCUGUAUCGGAGACAGUGAUCUCCAUAUGUUACACUAAGGGUGUAAGUAAUUAUCGGGAAUAGUGUUUCCCGUAAUUUUCUUCAUGCAAUGACAUCUUCAAAGCUUGAAGAUCGUUAGUAUCUAACAUGUAUCCCAACUCCUAUAAUUCCCUAUCUUUUAGUUUUAGUUGAAGAAACAUUUUGUGGUCAUUAAGCAUUUGGUGGGUAAAUUCAACCACUGUAAAAUGAAAUUACUACAAAAUUUGAAGUUUAGCGUGGGUUUUUCCUAUCUUUAUGGUUUCUCCAGGUCCUCUACUUAAUGAGAUAGUAGCAUACAUUUAUAAUUGCUAUU